GUAGUCCGGAGUGUUUUGUCGUUUCGACGCUUCUUUAUUGUGUAGACGGAGGCUGACAGCAUCAAAAGCUGUGCUUUGCCGACUCCUUUCGCCUGCCUGCCUUGCUGCUUCCUUCGGGCGUCGGAAAGGAAGCCUUCCCCGUCUCUUCCAUAUCCACCCACUCCCUUCUUCCUGCUCUGUUCUGUCUUGACUUAACGGAGGAUGAAGAGAUCCAACCAAAGCGGCAAGGCUAUGGUGAGGGAAGACCAAGGCAUCGCGUGGGAGCUCCGCCCCGGCGGAAUGCUAGUCCAGAAGCGGACCGACGCUGCUGGCGGCCCCUCCGGUCCCUUCAUCAAGAUCAAGGUCACUCAUGGCUCCUACCAGCAUGACCUCUCCAUCCUCGCCCAGUCUACCUUCGGGGAAUUGAAGAGGGUUCUCGCGCAGGAGACCGGGCUCGCGCCUUCUGAGCAGAGGCUUCUCUUCCGGGGGAAGGAGAAGGACGAUGGCGAGUGCUUGCACAUGGCGGGGAUCAAAGACAUGUCCAAGGUGGUCCUUUUGGAGGACCCCGCGAGCAAGGAGCAAAAGCUGGAGCGGAUGAGGCGGGAUCAGGGGAUGCUAAGGGCAUGCGAGGCGGUCGCGGCGGUGAGAGCCGAGGUGGACAAGCUCGCCGUCAAGGUUUCCAAUUUGGAGGCUUCUGUUCAUGUCGGAGCCAAAGCUGCAGACAAGGAAUUUUCUCUUUUGACGGAGUUGCUUAUGGUGCAAUUACUGAAACUGGACAGCAUUGAGGCUCAAGGAGAAGCUAAAGUGCAGCGGAGGUUUGAGGUUCGCCGCGUACAAAACCUAGUGGAUACACUCGACUUGCUUAAAGCAAGAAACACGCAUCCCUUCAGCAAUAGCAGGACAGCAGUCUCAGUUACAACCCAAUGGGAGUCGUUCGAAUCUGGGUUCGGCAGCCUGAGUGCUCCUCGUCCAAAGACAUCUACUGCAUUUAGCAACGACUGGGAACUCUUUGAUUAGCUUAUGUAUUUAUGCAUGACCAGACCAAAUUACUGCCAUAUCUUGUUUCUUGAUGUUUGCCUUGUAGUAUUCCAUCCUUGACAUUAUACGAAAUGCAGAAGUUUCUUGCACAUA